UGGGGAAGUCCUGCAAGUGGUAAUUAAUUGUUUAGUUUCCGUCAAAUGUUCAAGAGAACCCUCGUAUUGCUCGGAAAGAGCGCGGCGAAGCCGUACGCCAACAUGCUCAGGGACCCGUCGAUCAAGUACUCCCGGUUCCGGGGCGUGGAUCUGCCAGAUAGAACGUGGCCCAACAAGGUGAUCACCAAAGCCCCACUCUGGCUGUCGACCGACCUCAGAGACGGCAACCAGUCCUUGCCCGACCCUAUGUCUGUCGAGCAGAAAAAGGAGUAUUUUCACAAGCUGAUCGAGAUCGGCUUCAAGGAGAUCGAGGUCGCGUUCCCGUCCGCGUCGCAGACAGAUUUCGACUUCACCAGGUACGCCGUCGAGAACGCGCCGGAAGACGUGGCGAUCCAGGCUUUGGUGCAAUCGCGUGAGCACCUGAUUAGAAGAACUGUGGACUCGCUCAAGGGGGCCAAGAGAGCCAUAGUGCACACCUACUUAGCCACGAGCGACCUGUUUAGGGACGUUGUUUUUGGCAUGAGCCGCGAGGAAGCCAUUGCCAAGGCGGUGGAGACUGCCAAGCUGGUUAGAUCGCUCACGAAGGAUGAUCCUGCGCUGCAGGACACGAAGUGGUCGUACCAGUUCUCUCCAGAGUGUUUCAGCGAUACGCCUACCGAGUUUGCGCUCGAAAUCUGCGAGGCAGUCAAGGAGGCGUGGGAGCCGACCGUCGACAACCCUAUUAUUUUCAACCUGCCUGCCACGGUGGAGGUUUCGGGCCCCCACAUCUACGCCGACCAGGUUGAGUAUUUCUCGAGAAAUAUUUCCGAAAGAGAAAAAGUGAUUAUUUCGCUGCAUUGCCACAACGACAGAGGCUGCGGAGUCGCUGCCACGGAGCUCGGCCUGCUUGCCGGCGCAGACAGGGUCGAGGGCUGCUUGUUUGGAAACGGAGAGAGAACCGGAAACGUCGACUUGGUGACCGUCGCGCUCAACAUGUACACCGACGGCGUGUCACCGGAGCUCGAUUUCUCGGACUUGGAGUCCGUGAUCGACGUUGUCGAGAAGGGCAACAAGAUUCCUGUUCACUGCAGAUCUCCGUACGGUGGCUCAUUGGUGGUUUCGGCGUUCUCCGGCUCGCACCAGGACGCUAUCAAGAAAGGAUUUGCCAAACAGGCCGAGAGAGAGGCCAAGGGAGACAUGAGAUGGAUGAUUCCGUACUUGCCUUUGGACCCUAAGGAUAUUGGCAGAAACUACGAGGCUGUUAUUAGAGUCAACUCGCAGUCGGGCAAGGGAGGAGCCGCCUGGGUCAUUGAGAGAUCUCUGGGCUUGGACCUUCCAAGAGAAAUGCAGAUCAAUUUCUCCAAAAUUGUUCAGGAUUCGGCCGAUUCUUUGGGCAGAGAGCUCAAGUCGGAUGAGAUUAUCUCUUUGCUACAAACCAGCUAUAACAUCGAUAACUGCUCCAACUCGGCUCUGGUUCUGAAGGAUUACAAGCUUGACAAGGAGUCUGAAUUUGUGACGCACAUUAAAGCACAGUUUGUCUACAACGGUAAAGAGGUGGAAGUCGAGGGCACCGGAAAUGGCCCAAUCUCGUCCUUUGUGAACGCCGUGGCUCAGGCUGUUGGCCGCGACAUCGAGUUACAAAAGUACGCCGAGCACGCUGUGGGCAAGGGUUCUAACACCAAGGCUGCUACCUACGUGUUGCUUUCCGUUGGCGAGGAUUCGCAGUGGGGUAUUGGCAUCCACGAGUCCAUCACCCGGGCGUCAUUGAACUCGAUCAUCGCCUCGGUGAACAACCUCAUCAGCAGCAAGCCAAAGACCUUGCACCUGAAGAGAUCGACAGCAUAAGUAUGUUUAUUUAUUACUCAACUUUUGGUUAUAAUUGUCGCACUGUGGGGGUGGCGGUUACAUGCAUUCGGGCAACUUGACGCAUGGAUAGAUGCCAAAGUCUCGGCCAAGCGGGCAAUACUUGUGGCGAUCUUCCCAGCUCACGUAUGUCGCGUGAGUGCUGUAUACGCUACUCGAAAACGGUAAUGUGGGAUCGGUUCCUUUGAGGACCGUGAGCUACGCAGCGUGAACUCGCGUGGUCUCCCGCCCAUGUCUACGAUGUAGCGUGGAAAGAGUUUUUUGGAGGGCACAGAGAACCAGUAAAACAUGUUUGUCUUGAUACGGGACAUUAUCCAGAUAGUACCAGCAUGCCAAGGGCCAUUUGUGAACCGUACAGCAAAAAACAUCACGAAUGCUAUUGAUGAACUAAAUAAGUGAGAUUUUGACAACCCCGAGUCUGUACUAUCCAAACCUCUUGUAUCCGAACUCACCUAUAAGAGAAAAAUUUUCAUGAUUUUCCAAACUCGUACCUAAACCAUCUUAUUAGACAGUACGAUGAAAGCUUAGCACCAUGUUUUUAUGGUUUACCCUAUAGUUUCAUUUCGUGAUACAAGAUGGUGAGAGUGACCUGUGUUAAUAAGAACUCGUCUGGAUACACUCAGUGUAGCGGAAAGAGGGGUGUCAGAUAGCACAGACAUAUGUAUGAAAAUUAGCGCUCCUUUAACAACUUGUUUCUCUUCUCGCGUCUCUUGAGUCGCUCGACUUUCUUAGCGUGCAUCACAGCGGCCAAACGCUCGUACCGCUCUUUUUCUUCUUUCUUAGCACGUCUUUCCUUGAUUCUCUCGAUCUUGGCCCGUUUUUCAGCCUCUUUUUCCUCCUGCAGCUCCUUCAGCUUUGCCUUCAGCUGUUCGUCCUUGUGUCUCUGCUCCUGUUUCUUCUUCCAAGAUUUGUGCAUUCCGUUAGCCUUCAGACGGAACGCUUUUUUUUCAACUUUCCAGUCCUUGCCGCUCACUCUAGGCCCGCGGCCUGGAUCCUUAGCAAGUAGUGUGCUGCCUUCUGUGUCUUUUGUCAUAUACAGGUUGAUUUAUUUUUCAGAUUUUUUUUUGCACUCCACAGCCGUAAAUGAUUUUGGUGCACGGGUGUGGAAGCAGCACUCACUUGCUUGCCCAUUUGAAGAAACCACAGUUGUACUCAUCUGUGGCGUCUGCAUCCGUCCGCUCUGCAGACUCGGGCAGCCACGACACGCUGCGUGUUGCGCGUGGGCAGCACCAGAACUUUUUCCCCUUAUUUUUCUCCGUCUUGACCGUUCGCAGCGCGCACGGCUCGCCAUGGCGGCACUGUGGGCCGGACGCUCCGGACUGGCCGAGCAUCUCGGUGAACUCGCGAACCGAAAUUCUCGAUUUUGCUCUGUCCUCGUCCACAGACGGCGGAGACGAGUCCGACCUGAAGAAAAAGUCCGAGAUAGAGAGCUGGUCCGGACGCUCUUUGCGUGCUCUUUUGCGAAAGCUAUAGCCGGACGUUGCACUAUCACUGCCGCCAUCCGCAACGUCCCCUUCACCGUCUACCUUCUCCUGACGUUGAGGCUCCCUUUUGCGGAAGAACUUAUCGAUACUACCUCUAGUAUGCAGUCCGUAAAAGUUCUUGGCCUCGAACCAGUUCGACUUGGCCGCGUACUCGCCCGAGCGGUCUUCUUCGGGCAAGAACUCGAGGUCUGCUAGCUCAAAGUCGGCGUGGACCGGACAGUGGUCGGAGCCGUGCAGAAACGGCCAGAUGUCUGCCUGGCUGACCAAGCGAGCGAGCUGCGACGAAGCAAGGAUGAGAUCGAUGCGGGACCCAAUGUUGAGCGGCCGGUUGCUCUUGAACGUGCUCCAAACCGUGUACAUCUUGAGCCGGCGGCCGUGUUUCUCGCGCACGACGUCGUGCAGAACGUGCGAGUCGCCGUCUGGCCGCAUCCCUGUGGUGUCCUUAACGUACUGGUUCACGAGCUCGCGAUGGGGAGCAGAGUGCUUGAAAGCCAGCACCUGGUCCGCGUUGAGCGUCUCAAAGUCGCUGUAGUCCUGGGCUUUCACCAGUCGACGCUCUUUGAAGCCCUGCUUGAUGGUAUCGUCGCUGUCGAUGAGAUCGACACACACGUUGAUGUCGCCCAUUACCACCACUUUCUUGCCCAGAGCACGUAAAUUGCGCGCCCGCUCGAACAGACACCGCAAAAACAGCAACCGGAACUCCUCGCCCUCGUCCGUGCCGAGACU